AUUUCACUGCAUUCUCGAUUAUCUAUCUAUACCAUACCAUCCGUAGUCCAAAUUACUCACGUAACAUAAUCUUUUACUACAAAAACAAGUAUCGCCGAUGAAAAUACAUGACUAGAUCUAGUUUUUGCUAAUGUAARUGGUCCUUUUGGCCAAUGCAAUAUAAACCUCUGGGACAAGGAUAAGAGUGCCCAAUAUAAGAUAACAAAGUCUCUUGUAUCGCUCCUCCCACACCGUCGUGCCACAUCGCAUUGCUUCACUAGGAAGAGAUUGAAUUACGCGCCAUCCAAAACGACCUACAGUUGAUCAAAUUCAGUGUUAUACUAAGUUCCUCAACUAUCCUASCUACUGUUGWMGUACUUUCGAAGCCAUUGUUGAUACAUUSUGGAUAAAUACUUGUCUAUGCUAAUAAUUCACGUAACGCCGUCGUGCAGGAGACAACUUGAGGGUUAUAAUGAUCCARAAUUUGAAAGUUGAAUGAAAUUUGCUUGAACUCGUCUAGAAAAGYUYUCGACAAAACCCAGUGAUUCAAGUAAGCACCAAUCCACCAAGAAUCCAUCGACGAGAUCAAGCAGUGAUGACUCAAAUAAGGACGACAGUCUAUCACCAGCUGACCUAAAGGAACUUCUCGACCGAUUGACUCGCGAGGAAAGCGAAUCAAAAGAAAUCAAACAGAGUGUUGUGAGGAAGUUAACCGCAGACAUGACAGAACGCGGGCGAAAGAUUGGCGCUCACCUGGAGUCGAUCCAUGGCUAUGCUGUCAAAGGAUGCACCAAUCCAGAAGACGCUCAGGAUCAGGUUCUUUCUGAGGAACUUGCAGAUGAACUGAGAAAAAGGACUACAUCAGUGGACACGGAGAUAAAACAGCUGGAAAACCAAAUGGGACAACUACAAAGAACACUUGUCAAGGGAAAAGCAAGAAGAGAGAGUUUAAGGCAUCGCAUGUCCGUCACAGCACCAGGUCGUAAAGUGUCUGCUAUGUCAUCGUGUUCAUCAACAUCAGAAGCGGACGAGCUGACGUUGGAAGACUACAAAGCGAAAAUUGAAAUGCUCGAAAAUGAGAAACUUGAGUGGCUUGAAGACAAAAAAGAUUUGGGAGACGAGAUCAAAUUCUUGAAAUACCAACUGCAAUAUCGGCUAGAAGUGCAGACAUUACAGAAUGACAACAAUAUAGAUAAAUCUGAAUCAGAGAAGAUGKUUAAGGAAAAUGAGAUUCUUCGUGAAGAAAACCGUAAGCUAAAAGAGCGCUUAUCAACCAUCACUGAAAAGCUCAAGGAAAAAGGAAAUGUGGAAGACAACUUGCUAGAUAUCGCUGAUGUUUCAAACGAAUUUUCCAGUGUUUCAUCUGAAGGAGAGAUUGAACGUCUCAACAACGAGAGAAAGAUCCUUCUGUCCACCAUUAUGAGAAUGCAGAGUCUUGAAAAAGACGAAGAUGAAUCGCCKUCUUUUGCUGAUUUUGGUGUGCAAGUGGAUUUAAAUAAAUUCGAGACGAUAGAAGAAGAUGUCGUYGCCACACCGCUCGUUGCAAAACUAACAAAGGAAAACAAGGCUUUGAAGAAGCAUAUCACCGACAUGCAAAAAGAUCUUGAUGAUUAUGAAGAAGAGAGGAAAACAAUGAGCGAGGAAAACUUCAAACUCAUCGAUGAAAARAGAAGCCUAGAAGACACCAUCAAUAAACUGAGAACUCAAAUGAGUGAUACUUUGGAUACCACACUGGAUGAGAUUGAGCAGCUUCACGCCUUCAACGAGGACCUUGAAGAAAAAUCUAAGCGCACACAAUCUAAAUUCAAGGAAUUGUUGCAAUCCAUGAGUGAUUUACAGAGUAAUAAUUGUACGUCAUUGGAAAGAUUACUCGAUGAAGUCGAAACAAAGGUUACACUGGAGGAUACUUUUGACUUCUUGGACAGUGAAGUUGCCAAACUCAUAGAGCAAAAUAGAACAUCAUUCCCAUCAACAGAAUCACAAGUUAUGCAACGAUCAAAAGAAGAGAAACAAUUCUCAUCAAACCUUUUAAACGAAGUUAAGUCGUGUAAAGAUCUGCUCGAGUCUCAGAGAUCUCACAUAAGAAAGUUACAGCUCGACAAAAGAGACAUUGAAGAAGGAUAUACCAAGAUGAAGCGUGAGCUCCUUCUCCUAAAAUCCAGCAAGCAACGAGCUAGAGAAAAUUCAAAGGAGUUGCAGUUCCUGAAGAAAAGGCGAGCAAAAUCGCUCAAUGAUGGUGCCAAAGAAGCUAAAACUGUUCUUGUUGACAAGGAGUCYCUACAGCGUGAAGUCAAAAGGCUCGGAUCUAUGAAAACGGACCUCGAAAACACAGUACAGAAGAUGAAAAAAGAAAAGGCAACAUUAGAAGACGAAAAGGUUUGUCUUUUAGGCUCAUUGUAUCAUCAGCUUGAACGAAAUGAGUCUCUAGAAAUGCAGAUCGAGGAACUUUCAGCUGCACUUCAACAGUGGGAAGAAAAGUCGGAUCUUGAGAAUGACGUCUUUAGCGAAAACAGACACGAUUUGAAUGAAGAAAAGGUUAAGGAAAAUCUUAAAGAAUCACCAYUUGAUCGCAUUAMCAACCAAUCACCACUUGAUAGCAACRCAAUUGAGAAYGAUGCUAAAGAAUCAGAAUCUGUGKAUUACGAAUCKAAAGAACUGCAGCAACUCUCUCCAAAAGAAUUGGAAGUUGAGCAURUGAGUGUCCGUCCGAUAAGUCCCGUUGUAACAGCCGUAGGAUCCGCAGCCGAGGAGUCGAUGCAUGAAAUGAAAGCAAAAAUACAUGCUCUUGGAGAACAGCUAAAAGCAGUACAAGAAUCUGUAGUUGAUCUCGAGACGGAACGUGACAAGCUUCUAGAAGACUUGGAAGAUAGCAAGAAGAAUGAAAAGGAACUCCGUAAUGUCAUUGUUCAACUUAAACGAGAGAACAGCAUCUAUGAAGACAAAUUUUCCAAAAGUAAUGAGCUCGCCGAAACGUUACAGAUUCGUCUUCGUGAGUCCCAAAGUGCAAAAAAUGAAGCUUUGGAAUCCUUAGAAGAAGCAAAKGCAGAAAAUGAAGUUUCUAAAAGGCAUUGCGAWGUGUUAGAUAACAGACUUAAAGAAAUCACAAACCAAAGARAUCAGUAUAAAGAUAAAACAGARCAUUAUAAUGAAUACUUGCAGGAGCUUUAUGGCUGCAUUACUGAAAUGGUGCAAUCCGAUUCAGACGAAAAAGAAGAUGUUUCAUCGGCAGAAGCUGACGAAUCUGUAAAAAGUCAAGAAGAAAUAGAAUCUGGAAUUUACGAYGGACUUGGAGCAAUCCAAACAUCUAUCACUGACGUAAUGAAACAGCUCAAUGAAAAGAAUGAUAAACUGAAUACUGUGAAAGAUCAGAUGGGCACUUUGAACACUGAGAGGGAAGCCUUGCAGAAAUCGUUGCGCGAGAGCGAUGCCAAGAAGAAACAACUCAAGGGUUUUAUCACUAAACUGACAGAAGAGAAAGAAAAAGUGAAUGAACAGCUUGACGAGAUGAAGCAGCAGAAGACAAACCUUGCUGAUGCAUUAGAGAAUGUCUAUCAAAGUAAAGAAAAACUUCAGAACAGACUUUCAGAAGCAUUAUGUAAACAAGAACAGUAUAAAAAGAGUCUCGCGGAGGCAAUAGAUGAAUCCAAGACCUUGAGAGAGUCUCUUUAUCGAAUGGUCAACGAGCAUGAAACUAUGAAAGAAUCUCUGCUUAAUGCGAAUCGAGAAAUYGAACAUCUGAAAAGCCAACACAGACUUCAUACUGCGAAAGGCACAAUUAGCGUUAUUAAAGAAGAAGAUAAAAAGGACUUCGAGGAAGAGGAAGAACAAGAAAACCUCGAGAAAGAACAGCAACAAACGUUGGAUGUUAACCUGGAAAAUGGAGAGCAAACACAGACCUAUGAAAAGAAAAAUCUACCAACUUGCGAUCCUUUGGCAGAUGUGCUGUCAAUGGAAGAUGGAAAAAGUCUACGUGAAGUGGUGAAUCAGCUUAAGAAGUCAUUGCAAUCACUAUCUAAAGAAAACGCCUCAUUUACAUCACAGAUGCAGGAAUUGUUUGGUCGCUCCGAAAUGCACAAAGAAACCGAUAAAAUCGACAAAGUAGAAGAGGAAAUUACAUCAGAACACGAAGAUGAUACAUCUCGUGUUUCUCAAAGUGGAACGUCUACCAGAAUUGACACUGACGAGAAGGAACGAGAAGAAAACCGAGAAGAUACAUUAUUUAUGUUCGUAUCGAAAAAGCUCUCUAAUGAGGAAGGAACUUUCUCUUUAAUGCAAAUGCAAAUUGAUGCAAUUCAGAAAUAUAUCGAAGAGAUGGCAUUAAAACUGCAAUCCGUGCAGAGUGAAAGCGAAGACAACGAAGCGAUCUCGGGUCUUAUGCAUUUGCAGGCAGAUCUAUUAACAAAGAAACUUGAUUUGGACUCAAAAGAAGCCGAAGAUAACAAAAAGUUGGUUGAGUGGUUUGAAGUUAUCUCUGCGGAAAAGGAAACAUUGGAAAAAGAACUAGAAAACGCAUCCYGCGAUAACAUUAAGCUUUUAGAAGAUUUGGCAACUUUACGAAACGAGAAGGAAGCGAUGAAAAUUCAGCUUGAUGAGAUUACUAGAAUUACUGAAAUAGAGCAAAGCGAAACAUUGAUUAAAAAUACAGCACAAUUCGUUCACAAGCAAAAUUACGAAGAACUUAUGCCCGCGGAACUACAAAAAGAAUUGCUCCAAUUAGAUGACAAAAAUACAGAGGAAGAUUUAGAUUUGCACCAUUCACUGGAAGAGCUCGAUGCUAUCCAACUCAGAAAACUUGCAGAGAAAUUUCAGCGUGAAAACCAGGCUCUGAAUGCAAAAUUAAGUGAACUUUCGGAGAAAAGCAAGCACUUUAAUACCAUUGAAUUAGAACUUGACAAGUCAAAUAAUGAAACAAAAGCUUUAGAAAAGCAAGUUGAAGUUUUGUCCAGAGAGGGAGCUACUUUAAGAGGAGAGGCAGAUGAGAGAGUUCAGAGACUUAUUGAAUUAGAAGAAAAUAUGAUCCUAACCAUUGAGAAGAAACUAGAACUUGCCGAAUACGCUUCCAUGUUGACCUCCAAGAAAGACUCUUUGGAAAAGAAAUGUGAAGAGCUAUCGCGAGAGGUUGAAGGUCUUAAAGAAUCGCGGGAUCAAAUAUUGGCGCUAAAAUCGCAGUCCGACGAAGAGAUUGGUAAAGAACUAAAACAUUUGAAAGAGUACAAGGAAAGAGCAACAAAGGAAAUUGAAGAUCUCAAUGAUAUCUUGAGAAUCGGCAAGCAAGACUUCGAAGCUAUCAAGAUAGAACUUGACUCUAUACAAAGAAAAAAUAGAUCACUGAAACAAGAUCUUGAAAAGGCUUCGGCCAAGGAAGAAGAAUUAACUUCAAAUUUCCAAGAGAAGCUGUCUAGAGCGUUAGCACUUAAAAGCAGUGACCCUGAAGAAAAUGCCAAUGCUGAGUUAGAACUAUUUAAGCUCAAAAUAUCAAAGUUAAAAAGUGACGUGUUGAAUGCCAACGAGAAAGCUGCCAAGUUAGAAAAGGAGAAAAAUGACACCUCUUCAGUUCUUAAUGAAAUAAUAUGUGUUUAUGACACUGAAGUGAAAGGAAUUGUGGACCACGAUGGUAAGAUGAAUGAGCCUCAAGUAGAUGUAAAAGUAGCAGAGUUGAAAAACUGGAUUAAAACCAGCUCAAGUCGUAUGGAGAGCUAUGCUAAUAAGACAAAGAUGCUAGACUCAUUCGUUCAAGAAUUURAAGACAAGGCUUCCGAAAUCCUAAUAAAGGACGUCUCUCGUGAUGGAAAAUCUCAGACAUCAUUGAGCAAAGCCAAAAUAGAUGAAGAGCAGAGUUUUGAGAAUGCUCGUUAUAAAUUAGAACUCUUGAUUCAAAAGCUCAAGGAUAGUUUCCAAAGCCAAACAAAUUUCCAGACUCAACUUGGCCAAAUAAAGGAAGACAACGAACGUAUAACAAAGGAAUUGGAAAUCAAAUCUAAUUUUCUUAAAACGAUGAGGCAUUCAUUUGAACAGCUGCUUCAAGAGAAGAAUCUUCUUGCGCAAAGGGCUAAUGGUCAACAAGUGGAAAUUGAUGGGAAGCGAUUGAGCAAUGCUGAGAGUUCUAAAGUAAUAAGUCAAUCGGAGAUGUCAGUUUGUGACCAAUGUGAGAAACUUGUUCGCGAACGCGACGAACUGAAAUUGACAAUCGCAUCCAUGAAUGAGGACAGUGCUGAGCUCAAAGAUAAAUGUCGUCUGCUGAAAGAACACCUACUACAGCUAAAAAGACAAGAAGAAAAUAACAAUAUCUCUACCGGCUUUGUUUAUGGAAAUGAAUAUCCGAAGUCUACCAAUGAAACACUGUCACAAAAUAUUUUAGUUGCUUGUGAGAGUGUACCGUUAUGUGAGUCAGUGCCGGACAUCCAAGAGCAAGCACCAGACCUUGCAGCCCUCUUCCAGGCGGAUAGUUCAGAAAAUCAGAAGAAAGAACUGGCCGAAGAAGGAACACUGGACACUGUCUACCUUUCACCAAAUGAGAAGGAUGUCAAUGUGAGCGAAGACAAAGACAUUGAGGAUAAAAAACCAUUAUCUCUUCCAGAGGAAACAUCGCAUGUCAUUGCAAUGCCAAUCAGGAAAGUUAUUGCUGAAGACCGAGUGGAUGUAGGUGUAGAGAGAGACGAGGAAACAGUGCCAUCGCAGGUCCAAGACGAAACAUCAGAGUCCACAAGCGAGAAUAAUAUUCAGAAAGACCCUUUGGAAGUAGUAGGUGAGGGAGAUAUCGAGGGGAGAGAAUCAACGCAGGUCACAGAACAAACACCGGAGGCCGUUCUUGAGUUCUCAAGUAAGGAGACCAUUGAUAACGAUUGUGUAAGUGGAGUAGAGAGGGGCAUCGAAGAGAGAAUACCAUCACAAGUGGACGGCGAAGAGCAAACUUCAUUUAAAGAGGAAGAUAGCUUACUAAUGCAAUUGCAGAAUUACCAGAGAAAAGUAGAAUCCCUUAAAGACACGAACAAGAGUCUGGAAGAGGAGAUUACAUCUUUGAGAGAAAAAAUGAAAGAGAUCAAGAAUGAAUACCAGAGAGAAAGAACCGAACUUAAAAAGGAAUUUCUUCAUCAAGAACAAGAAUUAGACGAGGUCAGCAAGGAAAAACUGGAAAGAAAGAAACUUAUAACCAAUCUUAAAACAAAACUUGAUGACUUAAAGAGCAUAAGCCACCACAAGAAGGAGCGUCCAAAAGAUGAAAAAGACGGCGCCGAUAUGGAAGAAGAGAGAGUUCAACUGCACAAAAUGUUAGCAGAAAGGUCGAGCAGCUUGAAAGAUCUUAAUGAAAAGCUUGGUGUCUCAAAGAAUUUUAUGCAGCGAAUACUUGAUGAAAACAAAGAUCUCAAAGAAGAUGUUGCUGACUAUGAAAUCGAGCUAAAAGAAAUGAAGAAUAAACUCGAAGUUCUGAAAGCAGAGAUGGACUUAAARGCAACUGCUUUACAUGAGCUUAAAGAUGACAAACAUCACCUCGAGGCAAAGAAAACUCGACUUGAAGAAGAUUUGACAAGUGCGAAGGAACAACUGAAAACUCGAGGGGCGCUUCUAGCUACACUAGAACGAGACAAGGAAGCUUUCAAAGGAAAUCUACGAAAGGCACAACAAGAGAUAGUUUCCUUGAAAAAGCAGUACGAACUGUUGCAAGAAUUAGCCGACUCUGGAAAGCAAAGACAAAAAGACACAGAAGCGUUAGUGCAAAAGCUAAAACAAUCAUGUGACGAGAUGACAGAAAAGUUUGAAAGGAUAUCUUCAGAAAAGAAAACUAUGCAAGAUUCUCUUAACGAGCAAUUGCAGGCGGAAAGACAGAAAACAGAGGAAUAUCAGGAAAAAGUUGCAAGUUUAGACAAAAGUCAGUCACUAGCAGAAAAGACACUCGUUGAGUAUAAAGAAAAAAUUCAAACCCUUACUCGUGAACUUCGUAGAGAUAAGUCAAGAAGAGAUCGUGAGAUAGGAAGCAUCAAGCAAGAAAAUGCAAAAUUGCUCGGUGACGAAACUCGCAUCCAAAAACAACUGGAAAACCUUCGUGAGCAACUAGAAUAUGAACGAAGCAAGAACGAAAAAUUAGAGGAAGACUUGAAGUCUGCCAUAAUACAUAAUCUGACAUUGAACAACAGCCUUAAAGCACAAUCUAAAGAAACGGACAAAACAAGCAAAGAAUUGGAAGGAAACAAGAAAGAAAGCAAGCGUUUGAAUACAUUAACAGGCGAUUUAAAAUCCAAAAUUGCAAAUCUAGAGGCUUUGCUGAAAGCUACUAAAGAUGAGAAGAAAUUUUUUGCUGAUGAGGCCGAGAAAGCCAAAGCUGUGAAUACGGAUUUGCGACUACGCCUUAAGGAAUCAAGCGAAGAUAAGGAAGAACUUGAGGAUAUAUUGGUAGAGAUGCGAGACAAGCGUCAAAAAUUGCACAACGAGAUUGAUAAAGCUCUUACCGAAAGAGACGAGCUUGAAGACAAACUAUUUGACUUGAAAAAAGAGACGACAAAGAAGUUGCAAAUUUCGCUCGAAGAGCAGAAGAAAGCAGAGGCAGCCCUUGAGAAAGCUGUCAAACAGGACAAUGCAUUGAGGGAUGAAUUAAAUCAGCUAAAGAACGUUAAAAUUCAAACUUUUGAAGAAAACAAUGCUCUGAAAGAUGACUUAGAAAAGGCUAAAACAGAGUUGAUUGAGCUUCUUCAGAAUGCCUCACCACAAACUACCAAUGAAACAGUUUCUUCUGAUAAGGAAAACUAUUCCAAGCAGCUUCAAGAUGCGCAAGUUGAAGUUCAAAGACUAAACUCUUUGUUGCAAAAAAGCCAAAAAGAAUUUGAAAAUCUUAAAGCGCAAUUAGAGUGCAAAGAAAAGGAACAAAAACUAGCUACAGAGAAAAUUGGACAACAGGAACCUGUCCAGGAGGACAUAUUGAUUGUUCAGCAAACAGAAUUACAKUCAUGUGGAAUUGAAAACAACAAAGAAAUCCUAKAUUCCGAGGCGCUCAUCGCAUGGUACAAAGAUGAAAAUACGAGACUACGAACUGAACUUAMACAAGCGGAGUCCAAAUGCACAGGCCUGAAGGAUGAGCUGUACAACGUCUCCAAGAGACAAGUUCAGGAUGACAUCAAGUACGAGACCAUCAACCGGAAGUGCAGAUCUUUAGARGAAGAUCUUCGCAAAUCAAACUCUCAAUUACUGAGGGUAAGAACCAACUUGAAAGCUUCAAAUGCAAAUCUUACAGACCUUCGGAGAGACCUGCGUGCUUUGGAAGCUGACAAAGAAAAGCUUGAGAACGAAUACAAAAGAUUGAAGCUGGAGAAAGGUGUCGUUGAGCGGGUUAAAGUAACUUCAAUUGAAGUUCCAGCAGCAUCUCAGAUCACAGGACUCGAUAAGGAUAUUCCAGUUGUCAAGGCAGAGUCUCUCGAAAGUGCUCGUAAAGAAAUUGUUAUCCUCGAAGCUCAAGUGAAAGAUAUGCGUGAGCGAUCAAAACAUGAUCAAGAGUUYGUUGACAAUAUGUUAUCUGAUGUAGACAAAGAAUUAACAAGAGCAACGACUUUGUUAUCGGUAAAUUCAGAACAGAAAUACCCAAAUAAAGAAGCRCAAACCCCCAAGGAACAGCAAACAAAAACUAAUAAAMUUCUUAACCACGAGAACCUGCAAAACAAACUCCAAUUAUUGAAGAAAGGCGUAGAUGUCCUUGAAAAAAGCCAUCGAGAACCUCAUAAUAGCUCUUUACUUGACGCAUUGUCMAAGGAAGACAGUUCUCUUUUCGAUAAACUCGGUGUCGUCAUAAGCGAAAAUCAUAAACUCAAAGACAAACUGCAAUUCUUACAAGAUAGAUUGAACGCGAUCUUACAGGAGAAACAAGUCUUGGAGGACAUUGGUUCAAGCACAAGGAAAGAACUUCGUUCUUUAGUCAAAAGUUUAUCUUCCGAAAGAGAAGAGAUGAAGUCCAUGAACACAGAACGUUCGCAGAUGAAAGCGAAGCUAGCAGAAGCUGAAAAAAAGAUAGAAGAGCUUUCGGCAAGAGUUAAAUCUCUUAAAGAAGUUAGUCAACCCUUGGAACAGAAGACUGUUCCGGAGACGAAAGUUAUAAAACAAGAGGUUGUCAGUGCAGUCGAGUCCAUUCCCCUUCAGCAAGAACAUGACCUGCAAGUAGAAAGUAAACAUUUAGAGAUGGAGCUGAUGGAACAAGAUAGAGAACUUCAGUGGCUUCGSCAUGAAUGCAAAGAGGUGGAAGUAAAACGCGAUGAAUUGAAAAGUCGGUGCCAGAAACUUGAAUCAGAAAGGAGUGCGUUUGAGGCCGCGAAUAAAAAGUUGCAAUCACAAAAUCAAGAUUUGUACUCGGAGGUUAAGAAGAAAGAACGAUAUCUGGUCAGCUAUCGAGAAGACAACGAGAGACUUUUGACUAUCCAGAAGACAUCUGAAGCACAAAUUCGUCACCUAAACCGAGAAAUUGAACUCUUCAGCGAUCGUGUUGUAUGCUGUGAAACAGAGAAAGAACAAAUUGAAGAAACCAAUCGACAGCAACAAAACGAAAUGCAAGAACUGUUUCUUCAGCAUGCGAAGGACAACGUAGUUCGUGAAAAACUUGAAAAGUUAUUUUAUGAAAACACAAAGCUUAAGGAACAAAAGAARAUGCUCUCGACACGUCUGCARACCUUGGAACGAGACAUGAAAAGUCAAAUUCUUACGGUAAGAGAUUUGGAAACCGAAAAAGAGGAACUGCUUGGCAUWAUUGAUAAAACUGUCAGCGAAAAACGCAAUGAAAUUUCCAAGAAGGAACGACUYGGUUAUCUCUUAGAAAAACAAGAGAAAGAAUCUCGCGCAAAAAUGGACAGCUUAUCGCGGUUAGUAGAAAAACUAAAACACGACAAAGACGAACUGUGCGCCAAAAAUCCUCAACUUGAUAAAAUUCACCAGGAGAAUAAUAAAUUAUCCAAAGAUUGCGCAUAUAAGGACACUGUUAUAACUAAGCUACAAGAAGAAAACCAUUCAUUGAAAAAGGARAAUGAUGCUCUUCGUCAGUCAUACGAYAARCUYAAGGAAACUCAGARAAUGCUAAGCCCAAAUUAUGACGGRUCGCUAGACCGAGYAGGUUCCUUYAGACGUUCACCCCGUGUUUCUAACUCCAAGACGCCWUCGUAYUCAUCSCUUGAUCGCGCAUCGCCAGCAAGCAGUCGCACAUCAUUUUCAUCAGGAAGAAAAGACUCAAGAAAUCGUACUCCUCCUGUCCGCCGAUCAUCAUCAAGACGAAGAGACGAUCAGUCUGGGGAUAGAGACGACUUGUCAGGAGGUAGUUCCCAGGAGUGUUUUUGCAGUCCCAUCUUGUCUGUAGUCAACUUGUGUCCAUACGAAGUUCAACAGCCUGAAGAAGUUGAUUCCUCUGGUCGAUGUCCCGURUGUAAAAAGAGAAGGAAUCGUAAGGGUACGAUUAAAGAACAUUAUGUUUAGAAAGAGUUUGUUGUAUGUACCUAAAAAAAACGUCGUUUCCAAACGGUUACAUUAUAUAAYAAAAGCCAAGACCAAAAAGGAAUCUGGGAAAACUAAUAUUAUGAGUGUAACAGUGUUGCCUGCACUCAAUAAAAUGAGCUUCUCUACGGUUACUGCUAUGAUGUAACAUGUUUAGGCAAAUAUGAUUUAUUAGAUUUCUCAGUACCCAAGAUCCCUUGCGGUCUUUGUUUUGAUGACAUCAACUUUUUGCGAACCGACAACGUUUUUUCAAUUAGGUGUACAACUGUAUUACAAAAUCGCAAAAAUUCAUACUCAAUAUCUACCGAAGAAACAUAUCAAUAACGUCAAUGAUAUGUAGAUCGUAGAUCAUGAAAGCAGAGGUCGAAAAUUCCAUUGAUCUUUCUUCUGUGAUUACAAAUCUAUAAUGUCUACUUCAAUUAAGCAUAUAUUGUUAUGUUAAAUAUUCAUAAGUAAUAUUAUAGUAAGAAGCGAGAAAUUUCUCUAUCGUAAAUAUUUGAAUACCAAAAUGAUAUCCAUAUUAAAACUGAUACUUUCUUAGUUAUUGAAAAGGUAUAUUUUUAACAAGAUUAUCAUUAUAAUGUAAAUAUAUGCCAGCAUAUUAAUCUUCCAGAACUGCCUAUAUAUAAAUGAGAUUUAUAUCAAAAGUCAUUUAAGCAUCUUUUACAUAAUUUGUAACUGGUUCAAUAUAUUAGUUGCGAGUAUGAUCAAAUAUAUCUCAAAUGAAAAAUUUAUCCCAGAAACACAGGUAACUUCUUUCCUCAGGAUUCCUAGUUUUUCUUAAAAGAACAAUGUGGAGUGAGGUAAAUUAGAAGUCAGCAUUUCAGGCCWCGUCGAAAACUAAGGCCAGAUGUUGCCUGUGAAGAAAGCUWAGAAUAUUCUAAAUAUACUUGUAGCAUCGAAAAGAAAACACGAAAAUUCGCGCAAGAAUAGCUUAACACCAGAGAAAAUUCACAACGCCAUUYAGUACAUAGUCUAYAAAGGCAUUUGSAAAAUGCAAAAGAAAAUAWACUAUAGAGGAAACUCUUGCAACAUGGAUACGUUAACAUCCGCGCCAUUUUCAAUUGAGAAAUAUAAUCUAGAUCACUUAAUUGACUUCCAAUAUAAACUCCACUGACUUUGAUGAGAUUUUCAAAACCUUCGUUGCUUCAAAAUAGGAAAAGAUGGUACCAUUCUCCAAGAAGCGGGAUUUUUUUCCAACUAAAAGUUUGGAUCGACUCCCGGACGAGUGCCGUUAAUAUUAAAGACAUUCAACGAAAAUUGUCCCAAAAAGUAGUUGACACAUUUAUUUACACAGUCAUUUAAUCGGUAUGCAUAUCUUUUAACUCAGUAUGAAGCUUAAAGUUUGAAAAUUGAAAUCGUGCGGAAGUCAAAGUGAUCCAGAUUCCAUAUGUUCUUUUGCCCGUUGUGCCUUAAUUCAAUGCAAAUGGCGGAUGUAAAUAAGUACAUAGCAAAAGGUUUCCAAUUUGGGUUUUGUUUAAUUCUAAUUACGCACUACAAGAUUUAGCUAAACUAGAAAACCCGAGGAAAACGUCUUAGCGUUGAACUAUUAGUGUAUGAAAAUAAAAAAAGAAAGGAAAUCGAUUUUCACUAUCYAUUUUGUAAAAGAGAAAAAGCCAUCUUGUUAGAAUAAGUUAACAUCAAAAUUAUUAAUAUUUGAUUUACUCCUAAACUUUAUCAACAUUAUAUUUGGUGUAGAUGAUAAAGUCAA